AUGCUUAUUCUAUCUUCGCCUCCAUUACUUACUCCCCCGGCCGUCACUCGAUCAUCAUCUGUCCACACUGGAAGGCAACUGCACUCUCAAUCCAUUUGCUUUGGCCAACAUUCUCAUCUUCACGUCCUUACCGCCUUGGUCCGGAUGUACUCCUCUUUUGGCUCUCCUAGCAUCUCUGAUGCUCGCAAGCUGUUUGAUGAAAUGACCAUGACCACUGGAGAUGUGGCUUUAUGGAAUGCAAUGCUUAACGGGUAUGCUAAGCUUGGCGACCUCCAUAAUGCUCGAGCUUUAUUCGAACAUAUGCCUCAAAGAAAUGUUAUUUCCUGGACAGCUCUCGUUACCGGGUAUGCUCAGGCGAAUCGGCCCCACGAUGCCAUUGCUGUGUUUCGAAGAAUGCAGCUUGAGAAUGUGGAGCUUGAUGAAAUUGCCAUGUUGGUUGCGCUUUCUGCUUGUGCCCGAUUGGGUGCAUUGGAGUUGGGGUGA